AUGAAAUACCAACAAUUUAUUAUGAUCACAGGUGGUGUAGGAGUAGGUAAAUCUACUUUAAUUCAUAGAUUAAAGAAAAGCCUACCAAAAAAAGAAAGAACAUUUAUUAAAGAAUGCAUUGACUUUAAACCCAAUAUUGGAAAAAAAAUGCUUGAAGAAACUUUGAAAGGUAAAGGUUCUAUAUAUCAAUUCCAAUUAUUUAUUAUUGAUUGUUAUCGAGAACAAUUGGAAAAGGCAAAGGAUAUGAAAUAUGUUAUUAUGGAAAGAAGUCCUGCUGAUUCUAUUAACAUUUUUGCAACAGAAUCUUAUCUUCAAGGUAAAAUCACUGAAGAAGAGUUUAGUGAUUUAAAAAUAAAAACAGAAGAGUUAUAUCAAUGUUAUAAUAUCCCAAAAUAUCAUGAAUGUGUUUUUACUAAGAUAGAUAGUUGUAAACAUUCCAUUGAUGGAGUAUUUCAAAUUGUUAAACAACAAACAUUACAAUGUUGGAGACGAUCAGAAAGUGCAUUAUUCUUACUAUUUUGUAGUGAUCCAUUAAUGCAAAAAGAAAAUAUUGAAAAAAGAGGAAGGCCUGAAGAAAAAGAUUAUGACAUUAAUUAUAUGAUUAGAAUCAAUAAUGAAUAUGAAAAGUUAUUUGCUAAUUUUGCUUAA